GCUGCCUCGUGAUGUGACUGACGUUUCUCCGAGUUCUCGGCUUGACACGCGACUGUCUGGCAGUCAAUACGUAACACAAAAUGUCUGCCCAUAGCAUGGUGCAAACAUCAUUUCUGACCCUAGUCCGAGUUGGGCUUUAUCUCUCCUGCCAUAGAUAUCUCCUUAGAUCUCUUGUCCAAGACCUGCGACAUUUGUCCAUCCCGUUACAUGCGCCUUUUUCAAGUGCUUCGAGGGCCGGUUUCGAGAUCGACCCACCUGAAUCACCACUCCGGCCAGGCGUUUUGCCACUGCAUGUAGCUUCAUCCGUCGUGCCCAAGUUUCCUGGUGAAGCAAAAUCUCCUUGGCACUCGAAAUGGUCGUACGCAGCAUUUUCUUUGUGCUUCUCAGAAAGUUGCAUCUUGUUCCUGCUAGUCGUCUUUCAAAGCAUGGAUAUAUUUUCUGAAAGUGCCAGACUACUGAACUGGGAAUUAUCCCUAUCGUUACUCGUGGCACUCAUCCUGCUUGUCAUACCACUUUUGCAGUGCCUACUUGUCCUGUAUCCCUCAUCUAAGCACUCAAUAACCUCAUUGAAAACGCUCAGACCUAGACAUCUCGUCAUCCCUGUAUCCCUAUACCUUGUGUAUCUCUACUCCAUAACCUACAUCCCUUUGCCAGAGUCUCACAAAACUGCCGCGGGGGCUUCCAGCUCGUCUCUUUCCGUCUUGUACUCCAUUGUCCUCGGCCGCUUGGUCGUUCUUGGUGUGUUUAGCCUUGGAGUGCUUUCCGGUUUUGGUGCUGCUAGGAAUGUCAGUACUCUAUGCGCGUUUUUGUGCCGGGGGGGCGAUCGCUCCAGAAAUAGUCGAACGGGGGGCCUCGAAGAUAUUGCCUCUGCCGAAAGAGGGUUGGCGAGAGUUGAGAGCGAACUCAGCGAUAAACGAAGAGCAUUGAUGAGAGAGGAAGCAAGUGUGACUAAGCAGCCCCAGGGAACAUGGCUUUCGCGUCUCUUUGGGAGCAAUGCACCUUUUGGUCUCCAUGAAGAAAUCUCUGCAUUGGAAGCCCUUCGGGAUCAGAUGUCCUUACGGGUUCAGGGAACAAAAGCUCUUCGAGCCCAAGAAGCAUUUGAGAGUUCAAUCACUGGAAAAAUUUGGAAAGCUGUCAACCUGGCGCUUGGGCUAUAUUGCGUGUACAGGAUUCUAAGUGCCAUGACUUUGAUAUUCAUGCCCUCUCUUCGAUCGCCAUCUUCCCAGUCUGGACUUUCCCCAACAGACCUAGCCGUCCAAUGGCUAUUCACUUUGUUCCCUUCUCUCAAGUCGAGAAUCUCACCGGAACAGGCGGUUUCACUUACGAGGCAGUUAUCAUUGUUGAUGGUCGGAGUCAUAGUUUUAGGAAGUAUUAGAGUCAUUUUGACAGGUGUAAACAAGAUGCUACGUAUGACAAGCAAGAAAAUCGCCGCAUCUUUCAUGCUUCUGACUCUUGCUCAGAUCCUGGGGACAUAUUUAUUAUCAACUUUAAUCCAACUCAGUACAUCAUUUCCCCCCUCGUCAGAUGCGGCAGCCAAGUCCCUGUUCGCUACUCUCCCCGAUUUUGAAGUCUUCGGUCCACUCUUCGAUGCUUCGUUCCUGGUGUCUGUUUGCGUGAGCGCGUUGGUGAGGACAUGGACGGCAGGUGUAAAGGGCCUGAUCAAUGAUUACGACAUGGUGCAUCAUGGUGAAGAUGGCGAUGUAGGCAACCGGGGUGAUUGGGAGUUAAUCAGUGUGGGGAGGAAAGGACCUUCAUGAUCUUGUUCAGGUGUGGUAAUUUCUAUGUUAUUCCUAAAUAUUUAGGAACAAGGGGUUCGACAGAUUUAAUUAACAAAUCCAAUCAGUUUGGGGGUAUGGAUCACCAAAAGAUUAUUGCGGAGGCGAAGCCGCCGUCGGCGGGGAUGGGCCAUAUUGCCAAUAUCCCAAUGGACAACUCCGCUAAACUGGACAAUACCUGCCCACGUGGCCAGAGUGGCGAUGACGGCAAAAUCGCCGAUUGCGGGACUUUCUCUGCUUGCAGCCCUUCCUG